CUCAUAAUGCGACUACGAUCCUGUAGCAAUUUUAAACAUGAACACUAAUAUCGCCGACGUCUCUAGCAAACUUGGAGAAUACAUGAUAAAAGGCUGGGUGUUGACAGACACAACAUGCCCGUCCCCCGCGUGUCGCGGUGUUCCUCUCAUGAGGUCGCCUAACAAUGGUUCAUCGAUAACUCACUUUUGCGCGAAUUGUAAUGACCAUCAACAAUCUACAUCGAUGCGGUCUAACUCAUCAUCAACAGAUUCAUCAUCAACUCAUGAGUUUCAUUCACGACCAUCAACCCCUCCUACAGAGAUAUCCAGCGCUUUGAGCUCCCCAACAUUUGCCCCUCCCGUUGACACCGAAGAGACAAUCCGCAGGCGGCAACAAUCAGACCAAGCAUCCGCAGAGAUCGGAAAGCGUCUUUUGAAGGGAUGGGCGAUGCUCGGCGAAGAAUGCCCAAACAUCAGGUGUUACGGUAUACCUCUUGUAAGACCUCCAAAAGUCGGAGAGGAGAGAGAUCCUCGCAAGGAAUGCGUGAUUUGCGGGACGGUCUAUGUUACUGAUGUCUCCGAAGGGUGGCAGCGCCUUGUCCCAGCUCCACCUACAAUUGAAGCAGGCGCCAGCUCGGGGGCUGCCGACACUAUGUCAAGUGCUCCAAUGACAUUGGGCUCUCGUGACAAGGGGAAGGCAGUAAUACGCAGUAUGCCUUUACAGCCUUCGUCAUUACUUCCUGCGUCAGAGUUGUCAAAGUUGACAAUCAAUAUUUCGAAUUCCACGCGAGACUUGGCUAACAGUAGCGAGCGAGAUCUGCAUGGAAGCGUCCCGUCUACAAAUGCAGUUACGGCGCACCCCCCUGUUCAGGCACUUAAGCUGUGUUUGGAUGCUAUGUCACAAAGACUUGCGCAGAUCUGCGGAAACGCAAAUCAAAUGGACGUGGUAUCUAUUGCAUCAGCUGCGGAUGCCAUCAACAAGGUUGCACAGGCUUUGUCCCAAGUAAGGCAGCUAGAAGAGCAUUAGGUUUAUCCGAUCGCUCCUGUUGAUGGUACUAGCCUGUUUCACCCAAUACUGUGACUUUGGUCGUCGUUCCCGACAGAAACACAUAAUAAUAUUUGGUUUCGGGCCGUGGGCUAUAUACAUGUAUGUUAGUCCGAGGUUCUAAAGUCUCCUUCCGAAAGCUCACAGUGCUUUAACUACCUGAAAUGGGGAUCAGUAUCGCAGUUUUCUCACCAUCCGCCGUGUUAUCUUUGGAGAUUAAGUACAAGGAUUUGACAUGCUGUAGAAGCGCGGAAUACGCUCAAUUACACAAUCACUCAUGGUUGCCUC